CCGGAGAGGGAGUCGAGAGCGCUGCUGGGAACUACAUGGUGCUCAAUUUUUCAAGAUGUCGUCGCUGGAAAAGAGGUUGUCGCGAAUCGAGGAGAAACUAAAGCAAGAAAAUGAAGAAGCUCGCAGGAGAAUCGACCUUAACAUCGAGAUGAGUCCGCAGAGAUCACGUCCGAGGCCGAUCAUCGUGAUCCAGCUCAGUCCUGCUCCAGCCCCUUCCCAGCGUGCAGGGCUCCAGCUGCCACUGGCCAACGAUGGAGGCAGCCGCUCCUCGUCUUCAGAGAGCUCCCCUCAGCACCACCCGUACCCCAGCCGCCCGCGACACAUGCUCACGCUGCCCACCCCUCCCUACGCCCUGCAGAAGAGCUUAGAGAAUGCAGAGAUAGACCAGAAAUUGCAGGAGAUCAUGAAACAGACGGGCUACCUGAAGAUCGACGGCACGCGGUAUCCAGCAGAGGUGACAGACCUGAUCAGUGAGGGGGAGAUCGGCAGUGGGACCUGCGGACAAGUCUUCAAAGUACGAUUCAAGAAGACCGCCCAUGUCAUCGCUGUGAAACAAAUGCGCCGUACAGGAAACAAAGAUGAGAACAAGAGGAUCCUGAUGGACCUGGACGUGGUGCUGAAGAGUCACGACUGCCCUUACAUCAUCCAGUGCUAUGGCGCCAUAGUUACCAACACGGAUGUCUUCAUUGCCAUGGAGCUGAUGGGAACGUGUGCCGAGAAGCUGAAGAAGAGAAUCCAGGGCCCCAUGCCGGAGCGCAUCCUCGGGAAGAUGACCGUAGCAAUAGUGAAGGCGCUGCUGUACCUGAAAGACAAACACGGUGUCAUCCACCGGGACGUGAAGCCCUCCAACAUCCUCCUGGACGAUAAAGGUCAGAUCAAACUGUGUGACUUCGGCAUCAGCGGACGCCUCGUCGACUCCAAAGCCAAGACUCGCAGCGCCGGCUGUGCUGCCUACAUGGCGCCUGAGAGAAUAGACCCUCCAGAUCCCACCAAACCUGACUAUGACAUCCGAGCAGACGUGUGGAGCCUUGGCAUCUCUCUGGUGGAGCUGGCCACGGGACAGUUUCCCUACAAGAACUGUAAGACAGACUUUGAGGUUCUGACCAAAGUGCUGCAGGAAGACCCUCCUCUGCUGCCCCUCGGCAUGGGCUUCUCCCUCGACUUCCAGUCCUUCGUCAAAGACUGCCUCACAAAGGAUCACAGAAAAAGGCCAAAAUACCACACGCUGCUGGAGCAUAGUUUCAUCCGGCGUUACGAGGUGGUGGACGUGGACGUGGCCGGCUGGUUCCAGGCGGUGAUGGACCGCACCGAGUCGCCCCGCAGCAGCCAGUGUUACAGCCACCAGCACCAGCUCCACUCGCUCUUCAGUAGGUAGCCUAGCCCAGCCCGGCUCAGUCUGCCCUAGUCUAGCCCAGCGUUAGCAGCUAAGCCUAGCGUUAGACCCAGCCUGUCCAUUUGUCCACCAGAGACCCUGAAUAGCCCACAGAGGGGAGGGGGGGACGGAGCCUCCAUGGAGGGAUGGACGGACGGACGACACAGGUGUUCUGUUUCUCAGUGUGUUGAAUCUGGACAGGCAGACAUGGGAAGGGGGGGGGUUGAGAAAAGGAUGCGCACACUGUAGUUAGCUUCAUUUGUUUACACACUGUCUCGUCACACUAUCAUUACGUCACAGUAUAGUGUGUGUUAUAGCCACACACUCGCAUACAAACUGUGUUCCUACAUGUCCUCCACGUGUCAUUUAGUUUCUCACCUACAUGUCUUCAGCAUCGAUCCAAGCCGUUGGAACAGAGUAGUCACUACACUGGAACAAAGCAUCUGCUACAUUAGCAAACAUGAAUCUUUCUUGUAUAAAAACCUUUCUGAGGACA